GGUGGAAUUCGAGCAUCAGCUGUAUAUAAGCGAGGCUAUUGCCAACAGACAACACAUUCACCCGCGUCUUCUCGGCAACAAUGAAGGGUGUGACGGUGGCAAUUUUGUGCUGUCUCCUGGUGGCGGUUUUGGCCGACGCGGACGCCGACGCUCAAUCGCGCGGCAGGGGCAACAGGAGGCGAGGGAACGCGAGAUUCUUUGGCGGUGGGUUCCCCGGCCAAUUCCAUGGAGGCGGUGGCUUCCCCGGCGGCGGUGGCUUCCCCGGCGGCCACUUCCCCGGCGGUGGCCACUUCCCCGGCGGUGGCUUCCCGGCGCAGUGCAGGUACUGGUGCCGCACGCCCGAGGGCCAGGCCUACUGCUGCGAGGGCGCCCAGCAGCCGCAGCGCCCGGUCGGGACCAAGUUCGGGCGGUGUCCGGCGGUGCGGCCCACGUGCCCGCACACCCGCUUCGGGCCGCCGCAGACGUGCUCCAACGACUACAACUGCGCCGGCAGGGACAAGUGCUGCUUCGACAGGUGCCUGGGAGAACACGUGUGCAAGCCGCCCUCGUUCGGCUUUUUCGGAUAAGAGGAAAAUCGUCUGUUCGAUAAUGAACGACCAAUAAAGAUGGCGGAUGAGACCACGUCUAAUCUGUAA